AUGGACGUAAGAUUUUAUUCGCCACCUCCUCAGCCUGCAGCCGCUCCUGAUACGCCUUGUUUGGGACCUUCCCCCUGCCUGGACCCCUACUAUUGCAACAAGUUUGACGGUGAGAACAUGUAUAUGAGUAUGACAGAGCCGAGCCAGGACUAUGUGCCAGCCAGCCAGUCGUUUCCUGGCCCAAGUCUUGAAAGUGAAGAUUUUAACAUACCUCCUAUAACACCUCCAUCAUUACCUGACCACUCACUGGUGCACUUGAAUGAGAUCGAGUCUGGAUACCACUCGCUGUGUCAUCCAAUGAACCACAACGGCCUCCUUCCCUUCCACCCACAAAACAUGGAUCUACCUGAAAUUACAGUUUCCAAUAUGCUGGGCCAAGAUGGCACACUGCUUUCAAAUUCACUCUCUGUGAUGCAAGAUUUACGGAAUACAGAAGGAGCCCAGUAUAGUUCCCAUCCUCAGAUGGCAACCAUGAGGCCAAGGGUUCAACCUGCAGAUAUUAGGCAGCCAGGAAUGAUGCAGCAUGGGCAGCUGACUACUAUUAACCAGUCCCAGCUCAGUGCACAGCUUGGUUUGAAUAUGGGUGGAAACAAUGUUCCUCACAACUCACCCUCUCCACCUGGAAGCAAAUCUGCAACUCCUUCACCAUCCAGUUCAGUCCAUGAAGAUGAAGGAGAAGAUAGCUCUAAGGUUAAUGGAGGAGAGAAGAGACCUGCUUCCGAUAUGGGAAAGAAACCCAAAACUCCCAAAAAGAAGAAGAAGAAGGACCCAAAUGAGCCACAGAAGCCCGUGUCUGCCUAUGCAUUAUUCUUUCGAGACACUCAAGCAGCCAUCAAGGGCCAAAACCCAAAUGCUACUUUUGGUGAAGUCUCUAAAAUUGUAGCAUCAAUGUGGGACGGCUUAGGAGAAGAACAAAAACAGGUAUACAAAAAGAAAACUGAAGCUGCCAAGAAGGAAUAUCUGAAGCAGUUAGCUGCCUACAGAGCAAGCCUUGUAUCCAAGAGCUACAGCGAACCUGUUGACGUUAAGGCCUCCCAGCAACCUCAGAUGAUGAAUUCAAAGCAGUCAGUGUUUCAUGGGCCUGCCCAGGCUCACUCUGCACUGUACCUCGGUUCCCACUACCACCAACAACCAGGAAUGAAUCCUCACAUCACUGCCAUGCACGCCAAUAUCCCCAGGAACAUAGCGCCCAAGCCCAACAACCAAAUGCCAGUGACUGUUUCCAUAGCAAACAUGGCCGUGUCGCCGCCACCACCGCUCCAGAUCAGCCCCCCUCUGCACCAGCAUCUCAACAUACAGCAGCACCAGCCUCUUACAAUGCAGCAGCCCAUCGGGAACCAGCUACCAAUGCAGGUCCAGUCUGCUUUACAUUCACCUACGAUGCAGCAAGGGUUUUCUCUUCAGCCUGAUUAUCAGAGCAUCAUCAAUCCAACCUCUACAGCUGCACAAGUUGUUACCCAAGCAAUGGAGUAUGUUCGGUCAGGGUGCAGAAAUCCUCCAGCACAGACUGUGGACUGGAAUAACGACUACUGCAGUAAUGGGGGCAUGCAGAGGGACAAAGCACUCUACCUUACCUGAGAAUCUGAAACACCUCUCCUUUCCACUGAGGAAUGCAGGGAAGUCUUUUCAUCAUGGAUUGCUUUACGCAGUCAAGGCAGUUCUGCAUUUUAUUAGAAAAUACAAGUUGCUAAGCACUUAGGACUAUUUGAGCUUGUGGGUCACCCACUCUGGAAAAAAAAUAGUCUUGCUUCUAUCUUUUUCUUUUUUUCCCYACAUUUUUUUUCCUCUUUCUUUCUCUUUUCUGCCCCCAUCCUGAGACCUGUUAACGGACAUUGCUUUUCUUCUUUCCUGAAGGAAACUUGGACCAUUCAGAUUUUAUGUUGGUUUUUGCUGUGAAGUGCURCGAUAGUAACUGCCUUAGCAACUGUAGAUGUCUCGGAGAAAAGUCCUGGAUUUUCCAUUGUUUUUUCAUAAUGGGUGUUUAUAUGAAACUACUAAAGACUUUUUAAAUGGCUUGAUGUAGCAGUCAUAGCAAGUUUGUAAAUAGCAUCUAUGUUACACUCUCCUAGAGUAUAAAAUG